CUCGGAAACUGGUCCCAGGUCUAUUAAAUAUUAAAUAAUAAGCGCUCUCUCUCUCUCUCUCUCUCUCUCUUUAUUUUUUAAAAUUUCUUUUUCUUUUUCUUUUUUUUGGCAAGAAUAUAAAAUAAAUAAUCAAAUCCCACUCCGAAAAAAACCAAAUUUUUCUGCAAAACCCAGUUCCAAAAAAUCUUGAACAAAAAUUUACAGAGUGAGAGUUUUUCUGGGUUUCUUUUUCUUUUUCUUUUUUUUUUUUUAAUUCCUUCCCAUUUCUUCGUUAAUCAGACGAAGACAUUUUACGAGUUAUUUUUUUCCCAGAUCACUUUUGAUGGGAUUGAUGUGAUCUGACGGUGUUGAUUUACCAUCUUGAACUCAGAGAUUUUUAUUUUAUUUUAUUUUUUUUCCCCUCUUCGAGUUGAGAAUCGAGAAAACGAAGUAAAUGUCCGAUUUAUGAGUGCUUUUAUUGUUGUUGUUGUUGUUAAGGCCUUGUUUGGUGGUUGUUUGAAUACAUACACCUUGAGGUUUCAUCAAUGGCGGCUCCGAGGAAUCUGACGGUAGACCCUGGGGUUGGUAGGCUCCUCAAGGACGAAGAGAAUGCGAAAGAGGAUGAUUCCCCAACUGGGAAGAAACCCAAAUUCGAAAAGUUUCCUCUGACGAAAUGGGAGGUUGCAGCCGCUCUCAGCGUGUUCUUGAUCUUCUCCACCGGUCUCUUCUGUAUCUACUUGACCAUGCCCGCCGCCGCGUAUGGUAAGCUCAAGCUGCCACGCACAAUCUCCGAUCUCCGGAUGCUCAAAGAUCAUCUCAUGACUUAUGCACAAGAUUAUCCGGCACAAUUUAUUCUUGGAUACUGCUCCACUUACAUCUUCAUGCAGACUUUUAUGAUUCCUGGAACAAUUUUCAUGUCCUUGCUAGCUGGAGCUCUUUUUGGUGUUUUCAGAGGCCUUCUCUUGGUUGUCUUCAAUGCUACUGCUGGAGCAUCAUCUUGCUUUUUCUUAUCUAAGUUAAUUGGCAGGCCUUUAGUUAGUUGGUUGUGGCCAGAAAAGUUGCGAUUUUUUCAGGCAGAGAUUGCAAAAAGGAGGGAAAGGCUACUAAAUUACAUGCUUUUCCUGAGGGUAACUCCUACAUUGCCAAACCUUUUUAUCAACUUGGCAUCUCCAAUUGUUGAUAUACCCUUCCACAUUUUCUUGUCGGCAACUUUCCUGGGUCUUAUUCCAGCCUCCUAUAUCACUGUGAGAGCUGGCCUUGCUCUUGGGGAUCUCAAGUCAAUCAAGGAUCUGUAUGAUUUUAAAACUUUGACCGUGCUUUUCCUUAUUGGUUCCCUAAUCAUAUUUCCAACCCUUUUGAAGAAGAAAAGAAUCUAUGAAUGAAACUUCCAGCAUCAAGCCGCUACACAUCUUCUGCAAAAGGUGGCGCUUAUCUAGUCUGUCAUCCUUAAAUGUGAAUCUCUAACAAAACAAUUUAUAAAGGUUACUUUUUUUCUUUUCUUUUUUCAGAAGAAAAUAUGUUAAAAAGAGUAAGGGGUGCAUUAGAAAAUGGUAUUCAGAGUAGGCUCCUCAAAAAAUCAUUCUUUUAGUAGAAUACAAAGUAUGGAGUCAUAAAAUAAUGUUUGGAGAAAUAGCAGGAUAUUUAUGAAUAUGUAAUACUUUAUGCACGUUGUAACAUUGAAUAGUCCCUGUAUUAUGGUUUUCCAAACCAAAAAACAGUCGAAAUAUAACUACAGAAUUAUUUAUUGAAUUA